AUGGUGUUGUGGGUGGAAGGCAGAGGAGGAGCAAUCCACAUCGUCCAGUUUCCCUUUUCCUGCGAUCGAGAAUUUGCAAAGGCAAAGCGAUUCCAUUCCAACUUCCUCUUGUGUGUGUGUAUUAGGACUGUUAACAAAGGAGGAUUCCCUCCAUGUUUAUCCAUGGACAAGCUGACCAAAUUUGAGCAAUUUAUUAAUGAGAAAUUAAAAGGCGAUUUAACCUUGGUCAACGAGCGUCGGGAAUCUGUCUGCCAACAAAUCGCAAACUAUCUGAAAUUGCGUCAAAGUAUUGAAAAUUUACAGUUAUUAGGUGAAGAUGGCAAAACGCUACGCAGCAAGGUUGAUUUAGGAUGCAAUUUUUAUGUCCAAGCUAAUGUGAUAAAUCAAAAAUUAACAGUGGAAGCAUCUAAAAUCAAAGCCAAUAUUAAGAUUGUAUUGGAGAAAUUAGCCCAAUUACAAAUAUUAAAUGAUGAUAAACCAUCUCAAAACAUCCACUGGUAG